GGGCGACUUGCGACAAGUAAAGUUUCAUUUUCGCCAAUCCAAAUCAUCAUCUUCUCUUCUUAUCAUUUCUGGACUCUCUGUCCCUUCUUUGUUGGAUCUCCCUUUCUCUCAGUGCUCCGACUUCAAUAGCCGCUGAUCUACUCUGUCCGGCGUCUCCAAUUUUGUCAUCCCUUGUUUCAAAGAAAGAUCAAGAGGGGGUUGGAUCUGCUGGCAUGAAGUCCCUGAGAGCAUUUGCACUCGUUGGAGCAAGUGUGUCUGGGCUUUUGAGUUUUGCAACAAUAGCAUCUGCCGAUGAGGCUGAACAUGGUUUAGAGUGUCCAAGCUAUCCUUGGCCUCACCAAGGCAUUCUCAGUUCAUACGACCAUGCUUCGAUUCGCCGUGGUCACCAGGUUUACCAACAAGUCUGUGCGUCUUGCCAUUCGAUGUCCCUGAUUUCAUAUCGUGACUUGGUUGGUGUGGCAUAUACAGAAGAGGAAACAAAGGCUAUGGCAGCUGAGAUUGAGGUGGUUGAUGGGCCUAAUGAUGAGGGUGAGAUGUUUACCCGCCCGGGGAAACUGAGUGACCGUUUUCCUCAGCCAUAUGCAAAUGAACAAGCUGCUAGAUUUGCAAAUGGAGGGGCCUAUCCUCCAGAUCUAAGUCUCAUCACCAAAGCUCGUCACAAUGGUCAAAACUAUGUAUUCGCCCUUUUAACUGGUUACCACAAUCCUCCUGCUGGUGUUUCCAUCCGAGAAGGACUGCACUAUAAUCCUUACUUUCCUGGGGGAGCUAUUGCAAUGCCCAAAAUGCUUUCUGAUGGCGCUGUGGAGUAUGAAGAUGGUACCCCUGCAACCGAAGCUCAGAUGGGGAAAGAUGUGGUGACAUUUCUAUCAUGGGCUGCAGAACCGGAAAUGGAAGAGAGAAAACUCAUGGGAUUCAAGUGGAUAUUUGUACUGUCACUUGCACUGCUUCAAGCUGCUUACUACAGACGCUUGAAGUGGUCGAUUUUCAAGUCUCGUAAGCUGGUCCUUGACGUUGUCAAUUAGAUCUCUGGUUCCUCUUAUUCUUAUAUUUGUGGAAGGAUUUGAAUAGGCAAUAAUUAUUGCUCAACGGCUAUGUUUCUCUCAUCUGUUUAGUUGGCUCCAACCUUUUGACAGAUAUUUCAGAGAGCCGAAGAUUAUGUUUCCAUUUCAGGGAGAUAAUAAGAGAAUACGCACAUAGACACAUACCUAUUUUUUUGUCUGAAUACAGAACUGGCAAGAAUUAUUAUAUAAUGCGAAUUUUGUAGUGGC